CCCUCUUUGCUUCAACAACAAUGUCUAAUUUCACUUACACCUCUGCUUUCAACUUAUCCGACUCCCCUUUUAAUUCCGCCAUUGGUUCUUCUUCUUCAACCUCUGCCUUCGUCGUACCUUCCGAUGAUGAUUCCGAUGACGCUUGUAGCAUCUGUCUCGAGCCUUUCACUCUCCAGGAUCCUUCCACUGUCACCAGUUGCAAACAUGAAUAUCACCUUCAGUGCAUCAUUGAAUGGUCACAGAGAAGCAAAGAGUGUCCUAUUUGCUGGCAAUUGUUUGUUUUGAAAGAUCCUGCUAGCCAAGAACUUUUGUCUGCUGUGGAAAAGGAAAGACUGUUGAAAACCAGGAACAUUUCUUCAUCCUCUCCAAUAACUAUUCAUCACUCUCAAGAGGAUUUUCACUCUGAGGAGGAGGAAUCGCAGUUCAGCAGCUUUGAUGAACAAUUCUUGAGGCAUCUCACUGAAGCUGCACAUAGACGUUGUUUGCUUCGCAGAAGGGAUGGUCAAAUAUCCUCAAGUCUUGUUUCGUCUAGUGAUCCCAGUAUGAUUCAUCCUACUGAUUUGGUCAAUCUUUAUCGUAUCUCUGCUAUUUCCCAUGUUGAACAUCAAAACGGAAACCCUUGUCCAAGUCCUGGCUCAAUGACUGCAUCUCCUGUCUCUGGUCACUCUUCCGUUCCUGCAGAUAGCAACAACGCAUCCAGAAUAUCCCCUGGCCUUUCUCCAUCUCGUUCAUCUCAAAGUCCAAAUCGACCUGAAGCUUCCUCGCUUCCAGAAGCCAUUAAAUCCAAACUAGCUGCUGCUUCCGCAAAGUACAAGGAAUCAAUCUCUAAAAGUAAACAAGGUCUUAAAGAGAAGCUACUUGCUCGUAAUAACUCGGUGAAAGAAUUGAGCAAAGGAAUGCAACGUGAGAUGAAUGCAGGAAUAGCUGGUGUUGCACGAAUGAUCGAACGCUUGGAUUUUUCUUCAAAACGUUUUGGAGGGUCUGGUCAUGUAUCAACCUCCACUGCUACUGCUUCUGGAUUCAAUUUCUCAUUCAAAGGGAAGCGAGUAGAAGCCAAUUCUAAGUCUAGCAACAAUGGAGACAAAACCGAACCCCAAAAGCUGCAGGGAGGAGAAACUUGCUGAGGCAAUCAGAUAAAUGGAGAGAGGCCUUUAAUGCAAGCGAUGUACGUUUCCAUUGAAUCAACUUACCCGUUGGUC